GCUUGUGAAUAACUGGACAAUUAAAACCCAGGUACACUGUAGGCUCCAGUUUGUUUGGCCUUAGCAAUCCAAGGGAACUAUGAUAAGUCGUCCAAAGAACAUCGGACUGUUGCAAGCGUUGCCUUAACAACCAGAUAAGUCUCAAUUGCUGCAUUUAUUGCAACAGUCAGAUUGUCAAGGGCUUCGUUUCUAUUCGCUACUCUGCGGGAGCCCCUCGCGCUUGGAUGUCUCGCUCAGGCUCAGCGUGUUCAUAGUUCAACAACGAUCGGAGCGCAGAUAGCCAAGCGAAGGGCUCGUGGUCUGUUGCAAAAUGGAGCAUCUUUUGGAAUCGCCAGUUGUUGUUGGAGUAGCUGUGAUCCUUGCAAGCUUGUUAUUCCUGUUUCUUAAAGGUUUGCGUUCAAAAUCAAAGAAAGAUCCCAUCACAUUAAAAGACCCCAACAUUAAAUAUGCACUUCCUUUAAUAGAUAAAGAGGAAAUAAGUCAUGAUGCUAAGAAGUUUCGAUUUGGGCUUCCAUCUCCGCAGCAUAUUUUGGGUCUUCCUAUCGGCCAACACAUUUUCCUGUCUGCUAAGGUCAAUGGUAAUCUUGUGAUUCGUGCUUAUACCCCUGUCUCCAGUGAUGAAGAUCAUGGAUUUGUUGACUUAGUUGUCAAGACUGAAGAUGAUAUUCUUCUAAGAACAGAGCUAGAGGAAGUGGCUGAAAGUCAUCCAGACCAGUUUAAACUGUGGUAUACAUUGGACAGACCACCAAAAGAUUGGAAGUACAGUACUGGAUUUAUUACAGAGAAUAUGAUGAAGGACCACUUGCCAAGUCCCACAGAUGACGUCCUUAUUCUAAUGUGUGGGCCCCCUCCUAUGAUACAGUUUGCAUGUAACCCAAACUUGGACAAGCUAAAAUAUCCUGAAGCAAGACGAUUUGCAUAUUAACAAAGAUUUGAGUUGUUUGCAAUGUUUCUUAACUUCUGUAAGGAUGAUACAUACAUAUACAUAUAUAUAUAUAUAUAUAUAUAUAUAUUUUGCUGGUCUGUUCUUAAUGACUUGAGUGCUGUUAGAGAUUUGUUUUGCAUCUCCCUUUGCCUGACACAAUAGAGUGAUAUUUUGUGAUCCAGAAUGAAAGGUAUUAAUUCAUUUCCAGAACCAUAAUCGAUUUUUAGCUCAUUUACAGUGUCAUUAUGGGACUUAUCUGACAAAGAAAGAGGCAACUGAAAUACUGAGAAAAA